AGAUUUGGUAGAGAAAGUGCGCUGGAGCCGGGCGGGGGGUGCUAGCGCGCAGGCGCGUCCGGGUGGGGGGCGGGCGGAUUGCCACCAGAAUCUCAGUCAGCUUCAGUCUACGCCGCAUCCCUAACCCUUCGCCAUGGCCGCUUAUAAGCUGGUGCUGAUCCGGCACGGCGAGAGCGCCUGGAACCUGGAGAACCGCUUCAGCGGCUGGUACGAUGCCGACCUGAGCCCGGCGGGCCACGAAGAGGCGAAGCGCGGCGGGCAGGCGCUGCGAGAUGCUGGCUAUGAAUUUGACAUCUGCUUCACCUCAGUGCAGAAAAGAGCAAUCCGGACCCUUUGGACAGUACUGGAUGCCAUUGACCAGAUGUGGCUGCCAGUGGUGAGAACUUGGCGUCUCAAUGAGCGGCACUAUGGAGGUCUGACUGGCCUUAAUAAAGCAGAAACUGCUGCCAAGCACGGUGAGGCUCAGGUGAAGGUCUGGAGGCGCUCCUAUGAUGUCCCACCACCUCCAAUGGAGCCUGACCAUCCCUUCUAUAGCAACAUCAGCAAGGAUCGUAGGUAUGCAGACCUCACUGAAGAUCAGCUGCCUUCCUGUGAGAGUCUGAAAGACACUAUUGCCAGAGCUCUGCCCUUCUGGAAUGAAGAAAUUGUUCCCCAGAUCAAGGAGGGGAAAAGGGUCCUGAUUGCAGCCCACGGCAACAGCCUCCGGGGUAUAGUCAAGCAUCUGGAAGGUCUCUCUGAAGAAGCUAUCAUGGAGCUGAACCUGCCAACUGGUAUUCCUAUUGUCUUCGAGUUGGAUAAGAACUUAAAGCCCAUCAAGCCCAUGCAGUUCCUCGGGGAUGAAGAGACCGUGCGCAAAGCCAUGGAAGCUGUAGCUGCCCAGGGAAAGGCCAAGAAGUGAAGACCACCAGGCAGCUACUCCCCUGCCCACCCAUUCCUCCGCACCUCUCCCCACACCUGUCACACUGACCGCAUCUGUAGGCAUCCUUUGUUGUAGUUGCAGAUGGGGACCAGUGGCUCCCAUUUUCAUUUUAGCGUUUUUGCUCCUGCACCCACUCCCUUGAUAGAAUCUAGUCAGAAUAGUACCUCUAGGACACAAGUUCUCAGUCCAAGACCAGGGAAAGCUCUUCUUAUCCAGGAGAGUUGGGAGGUAGUAACUCUGUUUUUCCUAGUGCUUCUGCUUUGUUUACUAAGGACCUGUUUGAUAGGGGACAGGGAUAACCAUGCCAAGGCAUGACCAAUAAGGACAGGCCCGAGCACACUGUGCUUCCAGGAGCCAGCCCUGCACUCUUCUAUAGUCAGUCAUGGUCAGCGAGCUCAUCAUUCCAGUGGGAGAUGAAUGCAACCUGCAUGGUGACUAAAAAGCAAUUUCCUCCCUCACCCUAGAGGAGCUGGCUCCAGAAGGUUGGGAUUAAUCCUGAAUUAAGUUCAUGUGUUAAAUUUUUCUAUAAAAGAAAAAUUAUGUAUCUAAACAAAAACCCUCCUGGAGCUUCUAGUGGUGGUUGAAUAGUUCCACGUGUGGUCACCAGAAAAUAAGCCAUUCCUCAUACCAGUACAGGAUAAGCUCUGGCCUCUAUUGGGUAGGAGUGUAUCCUGCUGUGUAUCUUAGGAUUCCUCCGCCUUGUUUUGGUGGCAGUGAAAAUGCCUCUUGACCAUGUCUAAGUGCAUCUCACAAUGUCUGAUUUCUGAAUCAUGUUCCAGUUGGCUUAGCCCUGCCACAUGGAGCCGAGCCAGUACUCAUUUUGAGUGUAACUGUAAGUCAGUCUUUUUUCCAGAUCAGUGUAAUAAAGGAGUGAUGUGCAAUA